AUGUCGGAGAGGGGCACACGAGGUAUAAGAUGUAUGGAGAUGUACUUUGGCGACGCUGGAUGGUUUGAUGAAGUCGGUGAGGUCGAACCGUUUGAGGAUCGAAUCGAGCAGACAGGAAGUGGUACCGCGAUUAAACGCAGCAUGGCCUUGAGGUAUCUAGUGAUCGAAUACGUGCAUCGUUGA